AUGACGGAAAUGAGCGAAUUUUAUGGAAACUAUGGGUCCUCCAUAUUUUUCGCCCUGGCCUGCGCCCUGGAGAGGUCACUCCAGUACCGCAUCCCGCGGCAUCACAACACGGGGAGAUGGCAGUUACCGGCUAAAAGUCCAGAGCUUAUUGGCUUCGUCUACUCCAGUGGGUGCCUGGAGUGUAGGCCAAAAGCCGAAAAUCGGACUGCAAUCCGUGCACCAGGCAAAAAUGAAAGAAACAAGCCGCCAGGGCUGGAACUGGCAACCUGGAACGAGAGUGACUACACAUUCUUCUGGCAGGGGCAGGAGUUGCACGAGCGCCGUCUCUAUGGCGUCGAUUUCGCCGUCCGGAACUCCCUCCUGUCCACCAUAGAAUCGCCCUCUUCAGGCACACCACAAGUCCUCUCUCUCCGCCUCACCACCUCUUCUGGACUAGCCAAUAUCCUUAGUGUCUAUGCCCCCACACUCUGCUCAACAGUGGAGGCUAAGGAUCAGUUCUACAAGGAGCUCGAGGCGAAGAUCAGGCAGAUCUCCGCCAAGGAGCAUCUGUUCCUACACGGUGACUUUAAUGCCCGGGUGGGAGCAGACCUCGACUCUUGGCCUCGCUGCAUCGGCCACUUUGGCAUUGGAAACAUCAAUGAGAACGGCCAGCGCCUCCUCGAACUCUGCUCCUUUCACGACCUCUGUCUCACCAACACUUUCUUCGCUACCAAGCUUCAUCGCAGGGUAUCUUGGAGACACCCAAGGUCCCGUCAUUGGCACCAGCUGGACUUCGUGAUCACCAGGAGAACCCUGCUAAACCAUGUGCUGGUCACACACAGUUAUCACAGUGCAGACUGUGACACCGACCACUCCCUGGUUGUCAGCAAGGUGCAUCUACUUCCCAGAUGGGUCCACCACUCCAAGCAGAAGCCCCAACCCCACAUCAGCAAAGUUAGAAUCAACAACCCUGAGCUGCGGGAACACUUUGCCAGAGCCAUUGAUACAGCCCUUGAGGACUGCCCAGCUGCCCCGCUAUCGAUGCUAAGUGAGCCACCCUACUUGCCCACAAAAAUGACCCCUCCACGAAGACGCUCGCGGCACUUUGUGCUGCUCGCAGCAACACACAGAGGAUCGCCAGACACUGUGCUAACAACUAUUGGUCGAGCCUCUGCCAAGACAUCCAGCUCUUUGCAGACAUGGGCAACGUGCGGGGUAUUACGAAAAUUUGAAGAAAGCUUUUGGCCCAAGCACCAUCAAAACUGGCCCCAUCAAAUCUGCCGAAGGCGGUCCGACUGCGAUAACUCCCGCAGCAUUUCGCUCCUCAGCAUUGUCGGCAAAGCCUUUGCCCGUGUCGACCUCGGCAGACUGCAACUCCUUGCUGAGCAUGUCUACCCUGAGGCACAGUGCGGAUUCAGGACCGCCAGGUCAACCAUUGGCAUGGUGUUCUCUGUGAGGCAGCUGCAGGAGAAAUGCCGGGAGCAGAGACAGCCCCUGUACCUGGCUUUCAUUGACCUCACCAAGGCCUUUGAUCUGGAUAUGAGCGGCACCGUCCAGUUUGACGGAUCAUGCUCGGAGCCCUUUCCGAUCAGAUAUGGAGUGAAGAAGGGCUGCGUCCUUGCCCCGACCCUCUUUGGCAUUUUCUUCUCCCUGCUCCUGUCACACGCUUUCGGGGACUCCGACGACGGCAUAUUCAUUCACACCAGAAGUGACGGAGGGCUCUUCAACUUAGCACGCCUUCAAGCAAAGACCAAAGUAAGGAAGGUGCUCAUCAGAGAACUACUCUUCGCUGAUGAUGCUGCCCUAGCCGCACACACUGAAGCAGGGCUGCAGCGACUCAUCGAUCGCUUUGCAGCCGCCUGUGCAGAGUUUGGCCUCAACAUCAGCCUCAAGAAGAUGAUGUCAACAACGCCCCCAGUAUCUCCAUCGCCGACCACACCCUCGAGAGCUGAACACCGCCUGACGAAGCGAGUCUGGGACAACACCAUGCUCACCAUCAACACCAAGAUGAGAGUAUACCAGGCCUGUGUGCUGAGCACUCUCCUGUACGGUAGUGAAGCAUGGACCCUCUACUCCGACCAGGAAUGA